AUGGCGUCGACAAAGGCCGAGUUCGUGGCCAGCUCAGAUCGACCUGCCGUGCCAGCGUUGCUUUCAGGCAGUCCAGGCGUCAGCGCUGCCCCUUCACCGACAAGAUCGUCGCCUCCUAGCACGUCAUCUCGACCGGGUGCUCAGACACGCAAAUCGAACCUGUCCAGGAUCCUACGACCAAGAGGCAAGUCGGUCUCGCAUGCUGCUGUGGACGAGUGGAGCAGAACCGUGGGAGGAAGCGAAGGAAUUGGAAGCAUCUACGACUCGUCGAUGAACUCGAGGGAGAAGAGUCAGGUGCUGCGCAGCGUCACCCAGCUCACCAAGUCGAGCAUCAACGACCUCACCGGAGCCGCAGCCGAAGCCUUCUCGGGUAAUGCUACACCCGCUUUGUCGCAGUCGGCGCCCUUCUUUAGCCACUUUCGCAUGCCCAGCUCGAGCAACAUCGGUCCCUCAGAAGCUCCGCCAGGCUAUCAUCAGCAAGAUCACCACGAACUUCGGAGGGCGAGCGAAGGCAGCACCGCUUCGCAUGCCAGCCUUCCCCUUGAGCAAGCUCUUUCAUCGUCGUCGGUGUCCAGCCCGAGACAGUCACCGACAAGCCGACGUAGCUCGUACUUCAGCAUGGCAUCUCCGCCCUUUGCUUCCGCUAGGGACACCCCAAGCAGCAGCUCUUCCACGUCGGCCGUUCCCAGCCCGCGAACCACUCCGUACCAGCCGCAAACGCAGCUGCCAAAGGCACACCGACGUAGCUCGGGUCAGCUGGGCGCAGCAGCUCGGCAGGCAUUUCGCUCUUCCCGAUCCUUCUUGGGUCUCCCUGUCGGCAUCACCGAAGAUGACUCGGGACUCUCUCCCACGGCUACACGCAUCUUCGGAUCUGCCGAUCGCAACGCGAGUGUCACAUCAAGCACCAUCCCUCGAGCCCACAACCGUGAGCAGGCGUCUCAGUCUAGCCCGACACCUGUCCUCGCCGCACCAGGGUCCAAGACGGAGCAAUCCGGCACUCUUGUUAGCACCAAUGACGGCGACAGCACCCAAGGCAACAACGGCAUUGCCGCCGUGCAUGAUCCACAGCCUGUGCCAGGUGCAGCAAGGGCAGUCGAUGCAGACGCUGGAGCCUCCACUGCUACGACCCAUGAUGCUGCACACGGCGUUCACACUUUUGACGCCGUAGCUUCAGUUUCACAUUCUCCACUGGCCGCGGCUGCAGAGCAAGUUGCCGUCUCCACGGCUGAACCCUCGACCAAGAGCUCGGCUGCAGAUGCACAAGAUGCAGACACACUGCCACGCGCAAGCGAGAGAAGUGGAGAUACUCGUCCGAUCGGCAAAGCAAACGGAUUUUCCAUUAAUUUCUCAAAAUUGGAAACCCAUCCGCCGCCGCAAGAACAGCAAACAAACGACGCUGCUGCUGCUCAAGUCGCUGCUGCUAUUCCUGCAUCAGCAUCAGAUGCCGGUAAGCGUGGUGUGGCAGCAGUCUCGCGACACGCACCUCUCCAGCCCGGCUGUGCAGGAAUCGCCGCACAAGACGCUCACAAGGAUGAUGCGCUUCUGCUUCCUCACUCUUCUCGCCCUCUGUUGACCGGGUCCACGAUUCAGCCCCAGCCAGCACAGUUUUCUGUCUCUGAUGAGCGGCCCGUUUCCUGCCCGCAUUCUGAUUUCCCCUCCAGAUCGCUUCUGCAGCAUCACACGCAGCCUCACUCCGGUCAGCAGCCGCUGCUGAAAGACCCUUCUUCUUCCCACACCUUGUACACCUACUCCACUGCUCCCUCGACGCCUUUGACUUCGGAUCCAGCUUCCGUCAUUGUUCCCGACGACAACGCUGGUGCUAUUGGUACUGGUGCUACGGCCGCCCCUACCUCUCUCGCUUCUUCUUCUUCUUCCACUUCUUUGUCUUCCGCAGCAGCUGCCGCUGUCCUCCCGUCCUCUUUGUCCCAGCGCGCACAUCCCUGUUGCAUCAAAUCACCUGUCAGCGUCGCACUAGCUCCUCCCACCCUUUCUUCGGCAUCCUCGGCCACCAACGUCACCACGCUCACCUCGCCCUCGACUCCAAACACCAUUGCGACGGCCAUUACGACUGCUGCGACAACCCCUUCACAGAGCACCUUGAAGCUGACAGCCCCGCUCCUGUCCAGCUCCAGCUCUUGGCUCUCAGCCAACAGCGCUGCAUUGCCUCGGCCUUCCAUUCUGCUCAACCCCACUACCUCGUCAGCAUUCUCCGAGUCUCAGCAUGCCUCCUCGCUCUCCGCCCACCCUCUGAGCAGCCAGCAGCUAUCAUCCGAAGAAGCUCAUUUUGACAGCGCAUCGGGUGCUGUUCCAUCCGACCCCGCUUCUUCGACCGCAGCUCGCACUACGAGUCCCCAAGGCGAAGGCACCGGCGGCAGCGUGCUCCCUCUCACCCCGCCGCACUCCUCAGGACCGUGCCACUCAUCGCGUCGUUCCUUCAACGCUGCAUCAGCUCUCGCAUCCAUCAACGACGUCGCCAAUCUCGAUCACGUCCCAGCUCGUCCUCCUUCUCCUCCUGCAUCAGCAGCUCGCCAUAGCGUCUCGACCAACACCAGUCGUCGUGAUAGCAGCACCGAGUCUGCCCUCUCAAGCCUCAGUCCGCUUUCUCCGCAUUCGUCGCUGACCUCUGCAACCACUUCGCCCGAGCCGACCCCUUCAUCUGCGAGAGGAUCAGGUCGAGUCUCUUUCGAUCUGCGAAGGUCUUCUCUGUUUGCUCCCUUUUCCUCGACAAGCAAGAUGACAUCCAAUUCGACACGGGCUUCCUUUGCAGGCAUUGGCAACGGUCUGCCUCCCAACGCGGCCGAUGCGAACGCAAGCCGGCACACAUCGUCUCCCAUCGCCGGUUCCGCCUCCAAGUUCUUCUCACGCAUCGGCGGCAGUCGUCGAGGCAGCGCUGCGGAAUCGUCGCCGUCGUCACCAGAGACCAAGUCCAGGUCGCGCUUCGCUAGCUUCAGUAAAAUCGGUCGAAGUGGAGAUGGCCCCUCUGCUCCCAAGGACAGUAGUGACUUGCGCAACUCUAUGCAGCCAUGGGCAUCAGCCUCCACCGACGUGCUCAACUUGAAUCCAGGUCAGGCGCGAGGUCGCAACAGCCUUGCUCUCGCCCGCGAAGAGGCCCAUCGUCCACGCAAGAGCCUGCACCUCCCUCGUCCCAAUGUCGCUGAUCUCGAGUCCGAGCGAGCUCCGCGCGCGACCGCUUUGACCAGCGCCGAGAUCUAUGCUCUCAACACCAGAUCGCAGCAGCCAAUAGCCAUGGCUGCAAUCAAGCCCGAAAAGCCAUCCUCACCAUCGCUUCAGUCGGGUCGUCGUCCCAGCUUCAACUUCUUGCGUCGUGCAAGCGCCGCUAGCACCGGCUCGAAUGCCGACAACACCAAUGGCGAACGAAGAGGAUCAUUUGCACGUACCUUCAUGCAGAAGACGAUGAGUCGCAACAGCAAAUCCGACACCCAAUCGGACGCGGCCAAGAUCGUAUCCACUUCUCCUCGUGAGAACGAUUUGCCCGUCUUCCGCAACGGGAUCUUUGACUCGCAGGCACCAGCAUCCGCAAGCAGUGUCGCGUACCCUGGCAUGUCGUCGACCGUCCACUGGAACGCUCCCAACAACGCUGGCGCUCCCUCUCAUGCCGACAUCGCGCCCAACGACGUUGACCCCGCCACCGUAGUCAUCCCCGCUUAUCCUGGUUCUGCGGCUGCGAACGGAACUCCAGCGCAGCCUAAAGCCGUGACCGACCUGGCUUCCAGCAUCCUGUCUCAACGUCGUCCUUCUCAAGGUAUCGACCAGGAGCAAGACGCUGCAGAGGCCACCGACACGGUCGCAGACAGCUUCGCACGAAGGGGCGGCCCGUCGUCCAUCGCCACGGACGCCUACUCCAGCACAGACUCGACUGCCUCGCGCCAGAGGCCUGGCCGCUCCAGCAACGCCUUGUCGCAUCUGCCACGUCUCAACUCGAUGCGCGCCAUCUCGGGCGCUUCGCAGAACGGUCGUGAUGGCACCGCGCGCGCAGGAUCGGACAGCAUCACCGACAGCAACGCAAGGAGAGCCGAAACCAGCGAUGAAGAGCAGGAGCUGAGCGAGGACGAAGAGGACGCCGAUGUGACUGGACAGACCUCAGACUAUCACGACCCGGAUGAGACCGAGACAGACGACGAGACCGAUUACGACAACUCGCCUGCCGUCAGUCGCAGGGUAUCGGCAGCGCCCAUGGCCUUCACGGGUAGCUCAGGCGGGCUCCACCGCAAUCGUCCUACCGAGUCGCUCGUCUUGCCGCCAGCUCCCACCUUCGUUCCCAACAUCAGCCAUCCCCUCGCACAGUCGGAGGCCGACGCUGCUGCAUCGACAAGCGGCGCCACGCCAUCCACUGGUAGCACGGACUCCAGCCAGGCGGUCGGGCGCGAAAGCUGGACCAGCUUCAACACCAGCGGCUUCACUCCAUUUGAGACGCCAACGCCCAGCAUGGGCGGCAACGCAACCAACGGAGGGCUUGCCGGCCCAACACCCCGAGCUCGGCAGGAGCUGUCAGAAUCAUCGUAUUUCAGUGCUCGUCCAGGCACCAGCAACAGCAGCCGUGCUACCACAGCAGGCACGAUGAGCGGCGAUGCACCACCUCCGUCACCGUCCAUUAUCAGCCGAUCGCGCGCUCCUUCUUCAGCGAGCGUGCGUACGCUCAGGACACCAGGGACCGCCGCCAUCAGUUCGGGACCGGUUCCCAAUCGCUCGAUGCCGCCACCUGUGGGCACUUUGCCUCCGCUUGGAUUGAAUCGACAGAUUUCGAUCGCUUCCGGAUUGCCGGCCAAGAUUGGCGCCGAUCGCAGCAAGUCUCCAGCACAGGCACCAGGUAGCAGCCGACCAAGCACUUCUGGCACUUUGACGCCGCUUCAAGGUCCAGCGAGCGAGCGCAACGUCAGUCGAGAAGCGAGCAUGGAUCGACCAGGAUGGGAAAGGCCUACGCAGCGAGGUGAUUCAUCGGCGACCUCAAGCCCGAGGAAGCCGAUCAAACCGUUGGUGGGCUUGGACGGCGUGGCACCAUCGUCGGCUCGACCCAACUUCUACCAUCAAAAGUCGCAAUCGCUGGUGGACCUGCUGGGCCCUGCAUCGCGACGAGCUGAGAUUGCAACACCAUCGCCUACUCGCCCGACGAUCAACGAGCCAUCCAACAUCGAAGCACUACGCUCCCCGACGACGCCUCGGCCGCCGUCCGAAGCUCCGGCGUACAGCAAGAAGGAUGGGCUGGCGCCGAUCAAUACGGGACUCACCGCGCCCGCCUCGAUCGCAACGCCCGUUACGCCCAGCUUGGGACGCCGCCGAUCCAUGUUUGAGAUGCGAGCCGAACCACCAGGAUACUCGAUCAUUCACAAUCGACCUGAGGGCCCUCAGAUCAUUCUGCCUCGAGAGGAGGAAGGUCGAGAGAAGCUGCCAACCUACUACUGCGGCGUUCACAUCGAAGGGUAUCUGCCGCGCAAGAUGGAGUUCUCGGCGCCAGGCGUUCAGGCCAAGGACCGCAGCUGGAAGCGACAGUACUUUGUGCUGCACGGCACGAGUCUGCGAGUCUACAAGAACGAUCUGAGCGUCGAGCGACACGCUGUCAACGGGACGUGGGGCGAGAUGAAGGGCGUGCACGUGCAUCUGGAACCGAUGAACGAGGACGGAUCCAACGGUUCUGGCUCAGGACUGGGGCUCGGCGCCGCUGCGCGUGAAGCCAUCUCGCACACGCCUCUGGGUGCGAACCGCCACGAAGCAGCCAAGAACAAGGAAGCGACGACGCAGUUUGACACCAAGCACGGACUGGUGCGCAACUACACUCUCCAAGGUGCGGAGAGUGGCUUGGCUGCCGACUACCUCAAGCGUCGCCACGUGGUGCGUGUUCGUGCCGAGGGCGAGCAAUUCUUGCUGCAGACCCGAAGCGACCGACAUGUGGUCGACUGGAUCGAAGCGCUGCAGGCUUCGACCAACGUGUCGAUGGAUCUGGAGAAGCGAGCGAUGCCCAAGUUCAUCACUCUGCCACGAAGGCGACGUCGCCGUCGCCGCAACCCGGAUGGCACGACAGUCAACCCGGAGGAGCAGGAGGCGCGCGAUCUGGCCGAAGCACAGAGAAGGUCUGUAGCCGAUGCAAGCGGAAGGACGACAGGAGCAACGGCUACGACCGAGGCCACACCGCGCGGAAGCACGUCGGGAAGGCCGAGUAUGAGUCUGGAGAACGAGCUGAAUCCAAGCGCAGCGUUCGAGAGGAUGCUCAGAGAAGAUCAGGAGGAAGGCGGUCGUCAGUCUGCUGCUGUCAUGUGA